UCGAAGCUGCGUUGGAAGCAGUCACACAGACCACCACGGCGCUCCAAACCGAGGACGUACAAUAUUUCAUGCUUUAUAAACCUUUUUUUUUAUUACUGUAAUAAGCUGAUACUGUAUACGUGUUGUUAUUUUUGAAAAUCGCAAGUUACAUAAACAAAUUGCUAAUCGAAAAAAGAAUACACCAUGGCAGUGUUGACAGGUGGAGAGAAGUGCGUAAAGUAUUUACUGUUCACCUUCAAUUUUAUCUUCUGGCUUGCAGGAACGUUGGUGCUCGCUAUUGGGCUAUGGCUUCGUUUCGACUCCAGGACCAAAGGCCUUUUCGAAGGAGAGGGUUCUCCUUCGGUCUUCUUCACAGGGGUCUACAUCCUGAUUGUAGCUGGAGCCCUCAUGAUGGUGGUGGGUUUCCUGGGCUGCUGUGGAGCAAUCCAGGAAUCGCCAUGCAUGCUGGGACUGUUCUUCUUCUUCCUGCUAAUCAUAUUUGCAGUUGAAGUUGCUGCUGGGAUCUGGGGCUUUUCCAACCAAGACAAGGUUGUGGAGGAUGUGAAGACGUUCUAUACCGAGACCUUCGAAAACUACAAAAAGACCAAACAGGAAGCACUGAAAGAGACGCUGCGUCUCAUCCAGUUUGGGCUGAACUGCUGUGGGCCCACCGGUACCCCCUUCGAUGGCGCCGCAGACACCUGUCCGAAAAAAGAGGGACUGGACCAAUUCAUUACUAAAAGCUGCCCCAGCGCCAUUGAGGAAAUGUUCAGCUCCAAGCUCCACAUCAUCGGAGGGGUCGGAAUUGGCAUUGGCAUCAUCAUGAUCUUCGGCAUGAUCUUCAGCAUGAUGCUCUGCUGCGCCAUCAAGAAGACGCAGGAGGUGGUGUGAGGAGGAUCCCGUAUCCAUGACAACGCCAUGCCUCCUUGUUAAUUUAUGUUAGUCUCUCUCUGUCCAGGGGUCGCAGCUUUUACGUACAGCCUUACAACUUCUAAUCUGACGGCGGCGGCCAAGAGCCGGUUAGGUGGAACACGAUAAGCCAGUUACUAAUUUACCAGUUCCGUACUUGGUGGAAAUUUGUGGGUUUAGAUUAGUGUGGGACCAGCCCUCUAAAGUUGUACAAAACACAGUCAGCUAAUAAUACCAAGAUUAUAAUGAGAGAUUAGCAGCUAGAUUCCUUUUCGUUUAAUUUCGGUGUAUGUUUGAAACAAAGCGCCUUUAAGUUUGAUUCUCCCUCCCCCCCCCCCCUUUUUUUUUUUUGCAGUG